AUGUUUGAAAAGUUUGCAACAGAAGAUUAUUACCCAGUCAAUGCACCCAGAUCAUGCUCCUUUUGGACAAUAGCGACAACAACUCCCAUCUGUGAAGAAACGGAUGGAAUGGAUUCAAUAACAACAAUACCUUCAACUGAAAUUACAACAAACGACAAGACAGCAGACAUUGAAAAUCUGCGACCUUCGUCUGAGACACCGUUUAAAAGUUCUGAAGACAAAUUGGUUAUAGAGUACGUGCCUACGAAGACAAGACCAAUAGCCAAUGUUGAACUGGUUUCUACUGAUAAUGUUAAGACAUAUACAGUGCAAUUCUUUAAUGCAGAUGGAACUGUGACAACGAGAAAGGUGAAUGUUGGCGAAAAGGCUACAAGUGUUGGAACUAAACCUGACGUGAGAAAAGUGAAUGUAAUUAUCACACCUGAUGACAAAGAAGAUUCAUACAAACCUGUUCAGCUUCAAUUAAGUGUCCACGCCUGUUUUGAAGUCAUGUCUACGUCAAUUCCAAGUACAACAACAGUUCCACAGACAGCGUCUUCAGCAGUCAUCACUACAGCCGAGGUUACACCAACACCUACAGCUACACCAGAAAUUUCAACUGAAACUACUCAAACAUUAAAGGUAUCAAGUGGAAAAGUUACAACACCAACUCAAGUGUCAACUACAAGUGCAUCUCCUGGGCUUUCAAUUACAACAAUAGCGACAACAACUCCCAUCUGUGAAGAAACGGAUGGAAUGGAUUCAAUAACAACAAUACCUUCAACUGAAAUUACAACAAACGACAAGACAGCAGACAUUGAAAAUCUGCGACCUUCGUCUGAGACACCGUUUAAAAGUUCUGAAGACAAAUUGGUUAUAGAGUACGUGCCUACGAAGACAAGACCAAUAGCCAAUGUUGAACUGGUUUCUACUGAUAAUGUUAAGACAUAUACAGUGCAAUUCUUUAAUGCAGAUGGAACUGUGACAACGAGAAAGGUGAAUGUUGGCGAAAAGGCUACAAGUGUUGGAACUAAACCUGACGUGAGAAAAGUGAAUGUAAUUAUCACACCUGAUGACAAAGAAGAUUCAUACAAACCUGUUCAGCUUCAAUUAAGUGUCCACGCCUGUUUUGAAGUCAUGUCUACGUCAAUUCCAAGUACAACAACAGUUCCACAGACAGCGUCUUCAGCAGUCAUCACUACAGCCGAGGUUACACCAACACCUACAGCUACACCAGAAAUUUCAACUGAAACUACUCAAACAUUAAAGGUAUCAAGUGGAAAAGUUACAACACCAACUCAAGUGUCAACUACAAGUGCAUCUCCUGGGCUUUCAAUUACAACAAUAGCGACAACAACUCCCAUCUGUGAAGAAACGGAUGGAAUGGAUUCAAUAACAACAAUACCUUCAACUGAAAUUACAACAAACGACAAGACAGCAGACAUUGAAAAUCUGCGACCUUCGUCUGAGACACCGUUUAAAAGUUCUGAAGACAAAUUGGUUAUAGAGUACGUGCCUACGAAGACAAGACCAAUAGCCAAUGUUGAACUGGUUUCUACUGAUAAUGUUAAGACAUAUACAGUGCAAUUCUUUAAUGCAGAUGGAACUGUGACAACGAGAAAGGUGAAUGUUGGCGAAAAGGCUACAAGUGUUGGAACUAAACCUGACGUGAGAAAAGUGAAUGUAAUUAUCACACCUGAUGACAAAGAAGAUUCAUACAAACCUGUUCAGCUUCAAUUAAGUGUCCACGCCUGUUUUGAAGUCAUGUCUACGUCAAUUCCAAGUACAACAACAGUUCCACAGACAGCGUCUUCAGCAGUCAUCACUACAGCCGAGGUUACACCAACACCUACAGCUACACCAGAAAUUUCAACUGAAACUACUCAAACAUUAAAGGUAUCAAGUGGAAAAGUUACAACACCAACUCAAGUGUCAACUACAAGUGCAUCUCCUGGGCUUUCAAUUACAACAAUAUCGACAACAACUCCCAUCUGUGAAGAAACGGAUGGAAUGGAUUCAAUAACAACAAUACCUUCAACUGAAAUUACAACAAACGACAAGACAGCAGACAUUGAAAAUCUGCGACCUUCGUCUGAGACACCGUUUAAAAGUUCUGAAGACAAAUUGGUUAUAGAGUACGUGCCUACGAAGACAAGACCAAUAGCCAAUGUUGAACUGGUUUCUACUGAUAAUGUUAAGACAUAUACAGUGCAAUUCUUUAAUGCAGAUGGAACUGUGACAACGAGAAAGGUGAAUGUUGGCGAAAAGGCUACAAGUGUUGGAACUAAACCUGACGUGAGAAAAGUGAAUGUAAUUAUCACACCUGAUGACAAAGAAGAUUCAUACAAACCUGUUCAGCUUCAAUUAAGUGUCCACGCCUGUUUUGAAGUCAUGUCUACGUCAAUUCCAAGUACAACAACAGUUCCACAGACAGCGUCUUCAGCAGUCAUCACUACAGCCGAGGUUACACCAACACCUACAGCUACACCAGAAAUUUCAACUGAAACUACUCAAACAUUAAAGGUAUCAAGUGGAAAAGUUACAACACCAACUCAAGUGUCAACUACAAGUGCAUCUCCUGGGCUUUCAAUUACAACAAUAGCGACAACAACUCCCAUCUGUGAAGAAACGGAUGGAAUGGAUUCAAUAACAACAAUACCUUCAACUGAAAUUACAACAAACGACAAGACAGCAGACAUUGAAAAUCUGCGACCUUCGUCUGAGACACCGUUUAAAAGUUCUGAAGACAAAUUGGUUAUAGAGUACGUGCCUACGAAGACAAGACCAAUAGCCAAUGUUGAACUGGUUUCUACUGAUAAUGUUAAGACAUAUACAGUGCAAUUCUUUAAUGCAGAUGGAACUGUGACAACGAGAAAGGUGAAUGUUGGCGAAAAGGCUACAAGUGUUGGAACUAAACCUGACGUGAGAAAAGUGAAUGUAAUUAUCACACCUGAUGACAAAGAAGAUUCAUACAAACCUGUUCAGCUUCAAUUAAGUGUUCACGCCUGUUUUGAAGUCAUGUCUACGUCAAUUCCAAGUACAACAACAGUUCCACAGACAGCGUCGUCAGCAGUCAUCACUACAGCCGAGGUUACACCAACACCUACAGCUACACCAGAAAUUUCAACUGAAACUACUCAAACAUUAAAGGUAUCAAGUGGAAAAGUUACAACACCAACUCAAGUGUCAACUACAAGUGCAUCUCCUGGGCUUUCAAUUACAACAAUAGCGACAACAACUCCCAUCUGUGAAGAAACGGAUGGAAUGGAUUCAAUAACAACAAUACCUUCAACUGAAAUUACAACAAAUGACAAGACAGCAGACAUUGAAAAUCUGCGACCUUCGUCUAAGACACCGUUUAAAAGUUCUGAAGACAAAUUGGUUAUAGAGUACGUGCCUACGAAGACAAGACCAAUAGCCAAUGUUGAACUGGUUUCUACUGAUAAUGUUAAGACAUAUACAGUGCAAUUCUUUAAUGCAGAUGGAACUGUGACAACGAGAAAGGUGAAUGUUGGCGAAAAGGCUACAAGUGUUGGAACUAAACCUGACGUGAGAAAAGUGAAUGUAAUUAUCACACCUGAUGACAAAGAAGAUUCAUACAAACCUGUUCAGCUUCAAUUAAGUGUUCACGCCUGUUUUGAAGUCAUGUCUACGUCAAUUCCAAGUACAACAACAGUUCCACAGACAGCGUCGUCAGCAGUCAUCACUACAGCCGAGGUUACACCAACACCUACAGCUACACCAGAAAUUUCAACUGAAACUACUCAAACAUUAAAGGUAUCAAGUGGAAAAGUUACAACACCAACUCAAGUGUCAACUACAAGUGCAUCUCCUGGGCUUUCAAUUACAACAAUAGCGACAACAACUCCCAUCUGUGAAGAAACGGAUGGAAUGGAUUCAAUAACAACAAUACCUUCAACUGAAAUUACAACAAAUGACAAGACAGCAGACAUUGAAAAUCUGCGACCUUCGUCUAAGACACCGUUUAAAAGUUCUGAAGACAAAUUGGUUAUAGAGUACGUGCCUACGAAGACAAGACCAAUAGCCAAUGUUGAACUGGUUUCUACUGAUAAUGUUAAGACAUAUACAGUGCAAUUCUUUAAUGGAGAUGGAACUGUGACAACGAGAAAGGUGAAUGUUGGCGAAAAGGCUACAAGUGUUGGAACUAAACCUGACGUGAGAAAAGUGAAUGUAAUUAUCACACCUGAUGACAAAGAAGAUUCAUACAAACCUGUUCAGCUUCAAUUAAGUGUUCACGCCUGUUUUGAAGUCAUGUCUACGUCAAUUCCAAGUACAACAACAGUUCCACAGACAGCGUCGUCAGCAGUCAUCACUACAGCCGAGGUUACACCAACACCUACAGCUACACCAGAAAUUUCAACUGAAACUACUCAAACAUUAAAGGUAUCAAGUGGAAAAGUUACAACACCAACUCAAGUGUCAACUACAAGUGCAUCUCCUGGGCUUUCAAUUACAACAAUAGCGACAACAACUCCCAUCUGUGAAGAAACGGAUGGAAUGGAUUCAAUAACAACAAUACCUUCAACUGAAAUUACAACAAAUGACAAGACAGCAGACAUUGAAAAUCUGCGACCUUCGUCUAAGACACCGUUUAAAAGUUCUGAAGACAAAUUGGUUAUAGAGUACGUGCCUACGAAGACAAGACCAAUAGCCAAUGUUGAACUGGUUUCUACUGAUAAUGUUAAGACAUAUACAGUGCAAUUCUUUAAUGCAGAUGGAACUGUGACAACGAGAAAGGUGAAUGUUGGCGAAAAGGCUACAAGUGUUGGAACUAAACCUGACGUGAGAAAAGUGAAUGUAAUUAUCACACCUGAUGACAAAGAAGAUUCAUACAAACCUGUUCAGCUUCAAUUAAGUGUUCACGCCUGUUUUGAAGUCAUGUCUACGUCAAUUCCAAGUACAACAACAGUUCCACAGACAGCGUCGUCAGCAGUCAUCACUACAGCCGAGGUUACACCAACACCUACAGCUACACCAGAAAUUUCAACUGAAACUACUCAAACAUUAAAGGUAUCAAGUGGAAAAGUUACAACACCAACUCAAGUGUCAACUACAAGUGCAUCUCCUGGGCUUUCAAUUACAACAAUAGCGACAACAACUCCCAUCUGUGAAGAAACGGAUGGAAUGGAUUCAAUAACAACAAUACCUUCAACUGAAAUUACAACAAAUGACAAGACAGCAGACAUUGAAAAUCUGCGACCUUCGUCUAAGACACCGUUUAAAAGUUCUGAAGACAAAUUGGUUAUAGAGUACGUGCCUACGAAGACAAGACCAAUAGCCAAUGUUGAACUGGUUUCUACUGAUAAUGUUAAGACAUAUACAGUGCAAUUCUUUAAUGCAGAUGGAACUGUGACAACGAGAAAGGUGAAUGUUGGCGAAAAUGCUACAAGUGUUGGAACUAAACCUGACGUGAGAAAAGUGAAUGUAAUUAUCACACCUGAUGACAAAGAAGAUUCAUACAAACCUGUUCAGCUUCAAUUAAGUGUCCACGCCUGUUUUGAAGUCAUGUCUACGUCAAUUCCAAGUACAACAACAGUUCCACAGACAGCGUCGUCAGCAGUCAUCACUACAGCCGAGGUUACACCAACACCUACAGCUACACCAGAAAUUUCAACUGAAACUACUCAAACAUUAAAGGUAUCAAGUGGAAAAGUUACAACACCAACUCAAGUGUCAACUACAAGUGCAUCUCCUGGGCUUUCAAUUACAACAAUAGCGACAACAACUCCCAUCUGUGAAGAAACGGAUGGAAUGGAUUCAAUAACAACAAUACCUUCAACUGAAAUUACAACAAAUGACAAGACAGCAGACAUUGAAAAUCUGCGACCUUCGUCUAAGACACCGUUUAAAAGUUCUGAAGACAAAUUGGUUAUAGAGUACGUGCCUACGAAGACAAGACCAAUAGCCAAUGUUGAACUGGUUUCUACUGAUAAUGUUAAGACAUAUACAGUGCAAUUCUUUAAUGCAGAUGGAACUGUGACAACGAGAAAGGUGAAUGUUGGCGAAAAGGCUACAAGUGUUGGAACUAAACCUGACGUGAGAAAAGUGAAUGUAAUUAUCACACCUGAUGACAAAGAAGAUUCAUACAAACCUGUUCAGCUUCAAUUAAGUGUCCACGCCUGUUUUGAAGUCAUGUCUACGUCAAUUCCAAGUACAACAACAGUUCCACAGACAGCGUCUUCAGCAGUCAUCACUACAGCCGAGGUUACACCAACACCUACAGCUACACCAGAAAUUUCAACUGAAACUACUCAAACAUUAAAGGUAUCAAGUGGAAAAGUUACAACACCAACUCAAGUGUCAACUACAAGUGCAUCUCCUGGGCUUUCAAUUACAACAAUAGCGACAACAACUCCCAUCUGUGAAGAAACGGAUGGAAUGGAUUCAAUAACAACAAUACCUUCAACUGAAAUUACAACAAACGACAAGACAGCAGACAUUGAAAAUCUGCGACCUUCGUCUGAGACACCGUUUAAAAGUUCUGAAGACAAAUUGGUUAUAGAGUACGUGCCUACGAAGACAAGACCAAUAGCCAAUGUUGAACUGGUUUCUACUGAUAAUGUUAAGACAUAUACAGUGCAAUUCUUUAAUGCAGAUGGAACUGUGACAACGAGAAAGGUGAAUGUUGGCGAAAAGGCUACAAGUGUUGGAACUAAACCUGACGUGAGAAAAGUGAAUGUAAUUAUCACACCUGAUGACAAAGAAGAUUCAUACAAACAUGUUCAGCUUCAAUUAAGUGUUCACGCCUGUUUUGAAGUCAUGUCUACGUCAAUUCCAAGUACAACAACAGUUCCACAGACAGCGUCGUCAGCAGUCAUCACUACAGCCGAGGUUACACCAACACCUACAGCUACACCAGAAAUUUCAACUGAAACUACUCAAACAUUAAAGGUAUCAAGUGGAAAAGUUACAACACCAACUCAAGUGUCAACUACAAGUGCAUCUCCUGGGCUUUCAAUUACAACAAUAGCGACAACAACUCCCAUCUGUGAAGAAACGGAUGGAAUGGAUUCAAUAACAACAAUACCUUCAACUGAAAUUACAACAAAUGACAAGACAGCAGACAUUGAAAAUCUGCGACCUUCGUCUAAGACACCGUUUAAAAGUUCUGAAGACAAAUUGGUUAUAGAGUACGUGCCUACGAAGACAAGACCAAUAGCCAAUGUUGAACUGGUUUCUACUGAUAAUGUUAAGACAUAUACAGUGCAAUUCUUUAAUGCAGAUGGAACUGUGACAACGAGAAAGGUGAAUGUUGGCGAAAAGGCUACAAGUGUUGGAACUAAACCUGACGUGAGAAAAGUGAAUGUAAUUAUCACACCUGAUGACAAAGAAGAUUCAUACAAACCUGUUCAGCUUCAAUUAAGUGUUCACGCCUGUUUUGAAGUCAUGUCUACGUCAAUUCCAAGUACAACAACAGUUCCACAGACAGCGUCGUCAGCAGUCAUCACUACAGCCGAGGUUACACCAACACCUACAGCUACACCAGAAAUUUCAACUGAAACUACUCAAACAUUAAAGGUAUCAAGUGGAAAAGUUACAACACCAACUCAAGUGUCAACUACAAGUGCAUCUCCUGGGCUUUCAAUUACAACAAUAGCGACAACAACUCCCAUCUGUGAAGAAACGGAUGGAAUGGAUUCAAUAACAACAAUACCUUCAACUGAAAUUACAACAAAUGACAAGACAGCAGACAUUGAAAAUCUGCGACCUUCGUCUAAGACACCGUUUAAAAGUUCUGAAGACAAAUUGGUUAUAGAGUACGUGCCUACGAAGACAAGACCAAUAGCCAAUGUUGAACUGGUUUCUACUGAUAAUGUUAAGACAUAUACAGUGCAAUUCUUUAAUGCAGAUGGAACUGUGACAACGAGAAAGGUGAAUGUUGGCGAAAAGGCUACAAGUGUUAGAACUAAACCUGACGUGAGAAAAGUGAAUGUAAUUAUCACACCUGAUGACAAAGAAGAUUCAUACAAACCUGUUCAGCUUCAAUUAAGUGUCCACGCCUGUUUUGAAGUCAUGUCUACGUCAAUUCCAAGUACAACAACAGUUCCACAGACAGCGUCUUCAGCAGUCAUCACUACAGCCGAGGUUACACCAACACCUACAGCUACACCAGAAAUUUCAACUGAAACUACUCAAACAUUAAAGGUAUCAAGUGGAAAAGUUACAACACCAACUCAAGUGUCAACUACAAGUGCAUCUCCUGGGCUUUCAAUUACAACAAUAGCGACAACAACUCCCAUCUGUGAAGAAACGGAUGGAAUGGAUUCAAUAACAACAAUACCUUCAACUGAAAUUACAACAAAUGACAAGACAGCAGACAUUGAAAAUCUGCGACCUUCGUCUAAGACACCGUUUAAAAGUUCUGAAGACAAAUUGGUUAUAGAGUACGUGCCUACGAAGACAAGACCAAUAGCCAAUGUUGAACUGGUUUUUACUGAUAAUGUUAAGACAUAUACAGUGCAAUUCUUUAAUGCAGAUGGAACUGUGACAACGAGAAAGGUGAAUGUUGGCGAAAAGGCUACAAGUGUUGGAACUAAACCUGACGUGAGAAAAGUGAAUGUAAUUAUCACACCUGAUGACAAAGAAGAUUCAUACAAACCUGUUCAGCUUCAAUUAAGUGUCCACGCCUGUUUUGAAGUCAUGUCUACGUCAAUUCCAAGUACAACAACAGUUCCACAGACAGCGUCUUCAGCAGUCAUCACUACAGCCGAGGUUACACCAACACCUACAGCUACACCAGAAAUUUCAACUGAAACUACUCAAACAUUAAAGGUAUCAAGUGGAAAAGUUACAACACCAACUCAAGUGUCAACUACAAGUGCAUCUCCUGGGCUUUCAAUUACAACAAUAGCGACAACAACUCCCAUCUGUGAAGAAACGGAUGGAAUGGAUUCAAUAACAACAAUACCUUCAACUGAAAUUACAACAAAUGACAAGACAGCAGACAUUGAAAAUCUGCGACCUUCGUCUAAGACACCGUUUAAAAGUUCUGAAGACAAAUUGGUUAUAGAGUACGUGCCUACGAAGACAAGACCAAUAGCCAAUGUUGAACUGGUUUCUACUGAUAAUGUUAAGACAUAUACAGUGCAAUUCUUUAAUGCAGAUGGAACUGUGACAACGAGAAAGGUGAAUGUUGGCGAAAAGACUACAAGUGUUGGAACUAAACCUGACGUGAGAAAAGUGAAUGUAAUUAUCACACCUGAUGACAAAGAAGAUUCAUACAAACCUGUUCAGCUUCAAUUAAGUGUCCACGCCUGUUUUGAAGUCAUGUCUACGUCAAUUCCAAGUACAACAACAGUUCCACAGACAGCGUCGUCAACAGUCAUCACUACAGCCGAGGUUACACCAACACCUACAGCUACACCAGAAAUUUCAACUGAAACUACUCAAACAUUAAAGGUAUCAAGUGGAAAAGUUACAACACCAACUCAAGUGUCAACUACAAGUGCAUCUCCUGGGCUUUCAAUUACAACAAUAGCGACAACAACUCCCAUCUGUGAAGAAACGGAUGGAAUGGAUUCAAUAACAACAAUACCUUCAACUGAAAUUACAACAAAUGACAAGACAGCAGACAUUGAAAAUCUGCGACCUUCGUCUAAGACACCGUUUAAAAGUUCUGAAGACAAAUUGGUUAUAGAGUACGUGCCUACGAAGACAAGACCAAUAGCCAAUGUUGAACUGGUUUCUACUGAUAAUGUUAAGACAUAUACAGUGCAAUUCUUUAAUGCAGAUGGAACUGUGACAACGAGAAAGGUGAAUGUUGGCGAAAAGGCUACAAGUGUUGGAACUAAACCUGACGUGAGAAAAGUGAAUGUAAUUAUCACACCUGAUGACAAAGAAGAUUCAUACAAACCUGUUCAGCUUCAAUUAAGUGUUCACGCCUGUUUUGAAGUCAUGUCUACGUCAAUUCCAAGUACAACAACAGUUCCACAGACAGCGUCGUCAGCAGUCAUCACUACAGCCGAGGUUACACCAACACCUACAGCUACACCAGAAAUUUCAACUGAAACUACUCAAACAUUAAAGGUAUCAAGUGGAAAAGUUACAACACCAACUCAAGUGUCAACUACAAGUGCAUCUCCUGGGCUUUCAAUUACAACAAUAGCGACAACAACUCCCAUCUGUGAAGAAACGGAUGGAAUGGAUUCAAUAACAACAAUACCUUCAACUGAAAUUACAACAAAUGACAAGACAGCAGACAUUGAAAAUCUGCGACCUUCGUCUAAGACACCGUUUAAAAGUUCUGAAGACAAAUUGGUUAUAGAGUACGUGCCUACGAAGACAAGACCAAUAGCCAAUGUUGAACUGGUUUCUACUGAUAAUGUUAAGACAUAUACAGUGCAAUUCUUUAAUGCAGAUGGAACUGUGACAACGAGAAAGGUGAAUGUUGGCGAAAAGGCUACAAGUGUUGGAACUAAACCUGACGUGAGAAAAGUGAAUGUAAUUAUCACACCUGAUGACAAAGAAGAUUCAUACAAACCUGUUCAGCUUCAAUUUAGUGUCCACGCCUGUUUUGAAGUCAUGUCUACGUCAAUUCCAAGUACAACAACAGUUCCACAGACAGCGUCUUCAGCAGUCGUCACUACAGCCGAGGUUACACCAACACCUACAGCUCCACCAGAAAUUUCAACUGAAACUACUCAAACAUUAAAGGUAUCAAGUGGAAAAGUUACAACACCAACUCAAGUGUCAACUACAAGUGCAUCUCCUGGGCUUUCAAUUACAACAAUAGCGACAACAACUUCCAUCUGUGAAGAAACGGAUGGAAUGGAUUCAAUAACAACAAUACCUUCAACUGAAAUUACAACAAAUGACAAGACAGCAGACAUUGAAAAUCUGCGACCUUCGUCUAAGACACCGUUUAAAAGUUCUGAAGACAAAUUGGUUAUAGAGUACGUGCCUACGAAGACAAGACCAAUAGCCAAUGUUGAACUGGUUUCUACUGAUAAUGUUAAGACAUAUACAGUGCAAUUCUUUAAUGCAGAUGGAACUGUGACAACGAGAAAGGUGAAUGUUGGCGAAAAGGCUACAAGUGUUGGAACUAAACCUGACGUGAGAAAAGUGAAUGUAAUUAUCACACCUGCUGACAAAGAAGAUUCAUACAAACCUGUUCAGCUUCAAUUAAGUGUCCACGCCUGUUUUGAAGUCAUGUCUACGUCAAUUCCAAGUACAACAACAGUUCCACAGACAGCGUCUUCAGCAGUCGUCACUACAGCCGAGGUUACACCAACACCUACAGCUACACCAGAAAUUUCAACUGAAACUACUCAAACAUUAAAGGUAUCAAGUGGAAAAGUUACAACACCAACUCAAGUGUCAACUACAAGUGCAUCUCCUGGGCUUUCAAUUACAACAAUAGCGACAACAACUCCCAUCUGUGAAGAAACGGAUGGAAUGGAUUCAAUAACAACAAUACCUUCAACUGUAAUUACAACAAAUGACAAGACAGCAGACAUUGAAAAUCUGCGACCUUCGUCUAAGACACCGUUUAAAAGUUCUGAAGACAAAUUGGUUAUAGAGUACGUGCCUACGAAGACAAGACCAAUAGCCAAUGUUGAACUGGUUUCUACUGAUAAUGUUAAGACAUAUACAGUGCAAUUCUUUAAUGCAGAUGGAACUGUGACAACGAGAAAGGUGAAUGUUGGCGAAAAGGCUACAAGUGUUGGAACUAAACCUGACGUGAGAAAAGUGAAUGUAAUUAUCACACCUGAUGACAAAGAAGAUUCAUACAAACCUGUUCAGCUUCAAUUAAGUGUCCACGCCUGUUUUGAAGUCAUGUCUACGUCAAUUCCAAGUACAACAACAGUUCCACAGACAGCGUCUUCAGCAGUCAUCACUACAGCCGAGGUUACACCAACACCUACAGCUACACCAGAAAUUUCAACUGAAACUACUCAAACAUUAAAGGUAUCAAGUGGAAAAGUUACAACACCAACUCAAGUGUCAACUACAAGUGCAUCUCCUGGGCUUUCAAUUACAACAAUAGCGACAACAACUCCCAUCUGUGAAGAAACGGAUGGAAUGGAUUCAAUAACAACAAUACCUUCAACUGAAAUUACAACAAAUGACAAGACAGCAGACAUUGAAAAUCUGCGACCUUCGUCUAAGACACCGUUUAAAAGUUCUGAAGACAAAUUGGUUAUAGAGUACGUGCCUACGAAGACAAGACCAAUAGCCAAUGUUGAACUGGUUUCUACUGAUAAUGUUAAGACAUAUACAGUGCAAUUCUUUAAUGCAGAUGGAACUGUGACAACGAGAAAGGUGAAUGUUGCCGAAAAGGCUACAAGUGUUGGAACUAAACCUGACGUGAGAAAAGUGAAUGUAAUUAUCACACCUGAUGACAAAGAAGAUUCAUACAAACCUGUUCAGCUUCAAUUAAGUGUCCACGCCUGUUUUGAAGUCAUGUCUACGUCAAUUCCAAGUACAACAACAGUUCCACAGACAGCGUCUUCAGCAGUCAUCACUACAGCCGAGGUUACACCAACACCUACAGCUACACCAGAAAUUUCAACUGAAACUACUCAAACAUUAAAGGUAUCAAGUGGAAAAGUUACAACACCAACUCAAGUGUCAACUACAAGUGCAUCUCCUGGGCUUUCAAUUACAACAAUAGCGACAACAACUCCCAUCUGUGAAGAAACGGAUGGAAUGGAUUCAAUAACAACAAUACCUUCAACUGAAAUUACAACAAAUGACAAGACAGCAGACAUUGAAAAUCUGCGACCUUCGUCUAAGACACCGUUUAAAAGUUCUGAAGACAAAUUGGUUAUAGAGUACGUGCCUACGAAGACAAGACCAAUAGCCAAUGUUGAACUGGUUUCUACUGAUAAUGUUAAGACAUAUACAGUGCAAUUCUUUAAUGCAGAUGGAACUGUGACAACGAGAAAGGUGAAUGUUGCCGAAAAGGCUACAAGUGUUGGAACUAAACCUGACGUGAGAAAAGUGAAUGUAAUUAUCACACCUGAUGACAAAGAAGAUUCAUACAAACCUGUUCAGCUUCAAUUAAGUGUCCACGCCUGUUUUGAAGUCAUGUCUACGUCAAUUCCAAGUACAACAACAGUUCCACAGACAGCGUCGUCAGCAGUCAUCACUACAGCCGAGGUUACACCAACACCUACAGCUACACCAGAAAUUUCAACUGAAACUACUCAAACAUUAAAGGUAUCAAGUGGAAAAGUUACAACACCAACUCAAGUGUCAACUACAAGUGCAUCUCCUGGGCUUUCAAUUACAAGUUAG